AUGGCACCUCCAAAUGCUAAAACAUUUGCACUUCAACAUAACUACAUUAGUCAAGAAGACUUUGAAAAACGCGUUCAGAGUGGUCAAAUACUUAUAAUAUAUAAUAAUAAAGUGUAUAAAUUGAACAAGUGGUUAAAAUACCACCCAGGGGGGGAACUUGCAAUUCGUCAUAUGAUUGGUAAAGAUGCUACCGACGAGAUAAAUGUUUUUCAUCCUGAAGAAGUAUACAAGAAGAAAAUCAAUACUUUUUACAUUGGGGAAUAUGGGGGAAAAAUUGACAACUUCAAGGAAGAAAGAUUAUCUUUUGCGGAACAAAAGUUAAUAUCUCAAACUUAUCGUAGAUAUUAUUCAAAACUUCAUGAACUAGGAUUAUAUGAAUGUGAUUAUUGGAAUUAUUUUUAUGAAAGCAUUCGUUAUUUUUUCUUAAUUACUUCGGCCUGUAUGUUGUUACUUUAUGGAACUCAAACCUGGCAUUUCUUAACGAGCGCAAUUUGUCUCGGAUUAUUUUGGCAUCAACUUGCAUUCUCGGCCCAUGAUGCAGGACAUAGUGGAAUAACUCAUAAUCUACUCGUGGAUAAUAUCAUCGGUGUCAUUAUCGCAAAUUUUAUGGGAGGGUUGAGCCUCGGAUGGUGGAAAAGAAAUCAUUACGUUCACCAUAUCGUAACCAAUGAUCCUGAACAUGAUCCUGAUAUUCAACAUUUACCAUUUUUAGCCAUCUCAACAAAAUUCUUUAAUAAUGUAUAUUCGAGUUUUUACAAAAAAACUUUACAUUUUGAUGCGGCGGCAAGAUUCUUUAUACCCUUUCAACAUUAUUUAUAUUAUAUAAUCAUGUGCUUUGGCAGAUUUAACCUUUACGCAUUAUCAAUUAAUUUUUUAAUUAAUGAGGAAAAUUUGGCCUUUCGUAAUUUAGAAAUAAGUGGGAUGAUUAUUUUUUGGUGUUGGUACACUUACUUGUUAUCAUUUUUACCAUCAAUAUCAAUAAUUAUUCUCUACGUCUUAAUAUCGCAUAUGGUUACGAUGCUCUUACACGUACAAAUUACUUUAUCACAUUUUGGUAUGUCAACUGAAGAUUUUGGACCUUUAGAAUCUUUCCCAAGGAAGAUGUUACGUACUACUAUGGAUGUUGAUUGUCCUUGGUGGAUGGAUUGGUUUCAUGGUGGUUUGCAAUUUCAAGCCAUUCAUCAUUUAUUUCCAAGAGUUCCAAGACAUAAUCUUCGAAAUUGUCAAAAUUUGGUAAAGGGAUUUUGUAAAGAAGUAGGGUUAGAAUAUCAUCUAUAUGGUUUUAUUAAAGGUAAUGGGAUUGUAUUAGGAGCCCUUCGUGAUAUCGCGAAUCAAGUUGAAUUAUUAGGCAAAGUUGCCAAAUCUCAUAAUGAUAGAUAUUUAAAUUAA